UACUUCUGGUACCGAUCCCCUCUCUCUCUCUUCGCCUUUUGACCUAAAAAGAUCCCGCAGUUUAUGGGCAGGGAAAGAUCAGCAACAACCAUGGAGAGGAAUGAUGGGAAGGACGCAGUUAUAUCUCCAGGAAUGAAGGUAGCCAAAGAAGAAGACAUGAGAAAAUCCUUAUUCAGUGCAGCAAAAUCACCAACUGAAACUGGCAGACCAAGCAGCAUGGUUUUUAAGAAAGCUCACAGAGUAAUACCAGCUCAUAUAGUUGCUGAAGCCAUAUCUACGCUGCACGGUCUGGACCUAAGGUGGUCAGGACCGAUAACUCCGACUGAAAUGCAAUAUGUGGAGCAGUAUGUUGUGGCCAAGUACCCAGAGUACUCCAACGCCCUCGUGGAAGGAGGAGAGAAAACCGAUCUCUAUGAUCUCUGUGUCACAGAAAAACUUGAAGAACCUCAGCCAGACGACAAGCGGAAAUCGCCAAGAGGAUUUUCCAGAGACACCUUUGGAAGCAGCCUCCCUGAUCUCGAGAAUACACAGCUGGAGCCAUCGAGAUUGCUCAGCAUCCUCACCAAAAAGUCCUCUUUCGUCGGGAGCUUCGUCUCAAUUCCUGAAAUUCAAGCUAGAAACAAGGUUUUGAAGCACUGUGGAUUACCUGAUGAGGAGUAUCUUGUUCUCUUUACCCAGAACUAUAAGGAUGCAAUGAUGUUGGUUGGAGAAAGCUACCCCUUUUUCAAGGGGAACUAUUACCUGACAAUUAUCGGGGAAGAUGCUGAUUAUGUGAAAGAAUUCGCAACCUAUAAGGAAUCAAGAGUGAUUGCAGCACCAGAAUCUUGGUUGGAUUUGAGGAUUAAGGGUUCACAACUUAGUCAUUAUUUCAGAAGGAAAUGCAAGCACACUCCCAAAGGGCUGUUUUCCUACCCGGUUGAAGUAAAUGGAACGCGAUACUCCAUGCAUUGGAUUUCAGAAGCCCAUCGCAACUCAUGGCAUGUUCUGCUAGACACUACCGCAUUGGCUGUGGGAGAAGAUCAGCUGAAUCUUGCACUCUAUAGGCCAGAUUUUGUGCUAUGCAGUCCUGAUAAUACACAUGCUCAUUCUUCGACGGUUACCUGCCUUUUGGUAAGAAGAAAGUCCUUCGACAUGUCAACCUCCUCUGCAGCAGUGAAUGAGUGAAGUUAUUAUGUAUAAACCUGUAAAAACAUUAAAGUUUAGCUCAAGUGUCAAGUAGACAUUUUCAUGAUGAAAAUAUUCCUCUUGAAUGCUUAAAGCAA